AUAGUAGCAGCAUGAUCUCUUAGAGUCCAUUCGGAUUUCAGACCAAAACUCCACUCUAUGCAGCCUUUGUUCGACAGAUGCUAUGACUGAUUGCCAAGGUAGGCAUGCUCAGUCGUUAGCGGUACACACCAUUUGAUGGAGCCAAUUCGGAUAAGACAAAUUGCACAAAUUGACUGCUCGUAGCGCGUGGGAACAUAACUUCCUUCCUUUCUCCAUCAAACUGCUUACAUUACAUUACAAUAUACAAUGCCCUUUAGAUUCAAAUGUAAAGCCCGCCACCACCGCUUCACUGUCUCCCAUCCCUCCCAACAUUCAAAUCUAUCUUAGCUUUUCUCCAUUCGCUUUUCCUCGCAUUCACUGUUCUCUUUGCCAGUUCCAACUCCAAAUAAUUCAACUCUCAAACUGACUUUUUCUUUCUUCUUUUUUCUCGUACUUCUCAUUCAAACACAAAAGAGCCCUUCCACUUGAUCAAGAACAUGAAGUUCUUGACUUCCUCUUCAUCCACCGCCUCCUCGACCAUCACCUCCACCACUGCCUCCACUUCUUUCGGUGGCAAUGUCCACAAUUCCAGGAGCUCCCCAGCUGGGUGCAUUGCCGGGGUCUUCCGCCGACUUCUUUGCCUUAAAAGCCUUCCCACGCACCCCUCUGAUCACUUCAAAGACACCGACCACGACUCUGUCUCCGUGGAGCUUGACAGGCUACAAUGUACUAGUACUGUAAGUGCAGAGGAGAGGGCUGAGUCCUCCGCCACACCGUGCAUCGUGGCAAGGCUAAUGGGUUUAGAAUCAUUGCUGCCUCAGACCGAUUUUUCUGCCGCUGAAAAAAGUCCGAGUUCAAUUGCACGUAGCCGGUCGAUGAAUUCUGUGGAUUUGAUGAAGGAGCUUGUGUCAAUUCAGGGGAGGCAUAGACGCGUGAAGAGCUUCAGGGAGACUGCUCCCACAUUUCUUGAGCUAGAAGAUGAGGAUUUUUUUGUUCUUAGCUUUGAGAAUAUUGUAGGUGAAAGUAGGAAAUCGGAGACGGGUUCGAAGCAGAAGAAGCAAAGAGGCAGAGGAGCAAACGAUAAAUCCCAGAAUAGUACGAGGAGCAGGGAGAAUGUUUAUGAAAAGAAUAAAGAAAAUCAAGAUCCCAUGAAUGUUUUAAAUAAUGAGAAGCAAGAGCGGACGACGGAUUCUAGGAAGGCUUCUCAAAGAGCUGUUUCUGAAGUAAUGAGCGACGGUAUUCGUCCACUGAGUAUUAGUUCUUCCCAAAAUUCAUUUGAGGGGAAGGAAGUCGAAAACAGGGCAAAGCCCAUAAACCGCAAACCUGAGAAUGAAUUAGGAAGGAGAAGAAGGAUGAAGAAGAGAAAAGAUGAUUGCUUGCCAGUAAAGAAAGUAGAAUCAGAUUGCUCUGAUUCUGAAAAUUCCAGCCCAAAUUCUGUUUUGGAUAUCGUGAAAUUCCCAUGUGAUCCAGAAGUUACGAGCUCAGAGGGGCUCUCACGAUUGACGAAUUCAAAGUCAAGGAGGACUUUAACAGAAGAACUCGAGAAUUAUAGGAAGCUGAAUCAUCAGUACGUUGAUAAGAGUUUGACAAGCAAUGCUUCUGGUAAAUCUAGGACUCGCAGCGAAGGCAAAUGCGUUGAGUUGAGGAAGAAUGAUCGUGGAAGGCAGAAUAAUUCUGCCAACAUGUGGGGUGAAAUUUGCGAAUUGGCAGAAAAAGACACGAUUCGGUCGAAUUGGAUACCACUGAGCAAGGAGAUUCAGAAGUUUGAAGGCUACAGAGAGAUCAGUGGAGAAUUCGAGAUACAAAUUUUUGAGGAAUUGUUGGGAGAGCUGGUGGAUCAGCUCGGUGGGGGGACUUGCCACCAAAAUCUUUGACUUGUAAAAUCACACCAACUCAACGUAUUCAUACUUCCUUGCUUUUUUUUUUUCUUUUUUUGUAGUAUAUAUAUUAUAUAUAAAAUGUCUACUAUGUAAACCAUUACAAAAUCUAGAUUGCAAUAUGGCACGGGAUAGUAUUCCUAUGUAGAAUGUAAGUAAUAGCUAGAGAUCUCAGAUCACUUCUUGUUCUCCGAUAUUUGAGUUCUUUCUUUUGUAAAA